AGGAAAGCAAGGAAGUAAGGGCGCGGGGAGAGAAUAUAAACACCCGACGGAGGCACAAUGGAGAGAGAGAGACGGACUCGACACGAGCUGCCACACACGGAAACCUCUCAGUCAGCAAGGAGGACCUUCGCUGACUUCCGAGCGACGCAAGCCAGGCUGAAGGAGAAGCCGUGGAUAUUUAUGCUGUUUACUUUGGGUGCUCUAUUUAAGUUGUUUUUUCUGUGGAAUAAAGUCGUGUCAGUCUCGCCAACCUCGUCCUCUUCCUUCCUAACCAUAACGAACCCGUUACACUGGUGCCGAAACCCGGGCAGGAAGAAGGAGGGACACUGCCAUCAUGCAGGCAGCAUCGGGCACGCCGUUUGCGGACAUCAUCGCGUCUCUCGCGGUCCUCCACCGCGAACAACACCAGGCGCUGCUGGACCUUCGGAAUGACCACGAGCUUCGCUUCCAGUCCGUCUUCCAGGCCCAGCGAGAGGACCGCGAGAGCUUCCGGAGCUGGAUGGACCAGGGGGUUCAGGCAGAAGCGUCCGCGACAACCGCCGCGUUCCUGCCGCUGUCGAAAAUGGGGCCAGAGGAUGACCCCGAGGCAUUUCUCGACCUGUUCGAUAAGACGGCGGAAACUAGCGGCUGGCCCCCGGAGGACUGGGCGAGGCGACUCCUUCCGUUGCUGUCGGGGGAGGCGCAACUGGCGGCCCGGCCACUGCCCUUCCAGAACCUCCUGGUCUUCGACGACCUGAAGAGGGCCAUCCUCCAGAGGGUCGGCCGUAGCCCGGAGGAACAUCGGCAGCGAUUCCGGUCGCUGGGGCUCGGCGAAAGCGGCCGGCCCUUCGUGAUGGCCCAUCAGCUCCGGGAUUCCUGCCGCAAAUGGCUGCUGGCUGGGAAAGGUGACGUCGUGGACAUCAUCGACCGCGUGGUGCUGGAACAGUUCAUCGCUCGGCUGCCCAAGAGAACGGCCGAGUGGGUCCAGUGCCACCGCCCGACGUCGCUGGACGCAGCCAUCCACCUGGCGGAAGACCAGAUGGUGGUGUGCCCCGGGGUUGGCGAAGCCCUCCCGGCGGUCUCUCUCUCCUCUCCGGAGACUGUUUCUCUCUCCCCCUCUUCUCUCUCUUCUCCCUCUCCUCAUCCUGUCCCUGCACCCAGGUCCCGUCCUCCCGGUCCACCACGAGUGCCGCCGCGACGACGAUUCCCACAGCCAGGGAGCUAUACGAGCCCGGGGAUUCCAGGACGGCAAUGGGUCCAACCUCUCUCCGCGCCCUUCCCGUGCUCCACUUCCCGCCACUCGGAUGGCGGAGACGCCUGGGCCGGCCUGUUGGCGCUGCGGGGAUCCGGACCAUUGGGUCGAUCAGUGUCCAGUAAUGGAGGUCGGGACGAUGGUCCGGGUUCCCAACACGCCGCAGGCUGCCCCCGGUCAGAACGGAGGGUACCAAAUUCCUGUGAGUAUAGGGGGGGGUACAUACCCGGCUCUGGUGGAUUUUGGUUGUAACCAAACCUCCAUCCAUCAGAGCCUGGUUCGGCCCGGGGCAUUGGAUAAUAGCCGUAUGGUUCGGGUACGGUGCGUACACGGG